AUGAACAGAGUGGGCAAUCUAACAAAUGAGGUGGUAAUUACACUUCCAGCUACGAGUACUAGCUCGGCUGAACCAAAGAUAACCGGAAAGGAUAACAGCUUUAGCUCUUAUGGUGCUAGUGGGACUGGAAAGUAUGAUCAGAAAGAUUGUUAUGGCUGGACACCACAUGAAGAUAACAAUAUGUAUUCGGGUAAUGGGGAUUAUAGUGGUUUUGGAGCUUAUGAAGUCGACAUUAGUCUUAACGUUGCAUAUACGUUUAUUCCGAGUAACUUGAUGCAUGGUUCACCCUUGACGUUGCAUAUGUGUUUAAUUCAACCAGCCCUUGAUAAUGAAGCUCUAUUUAGCCCUUGA